AUGGAGCAACAACUUGCAUAUUUAUCCUCAAAGAACAGUACACUGCAGGAGCUGACAACCUCACUUUUGAUGGAAGAGUCACCUGUUGAUAAUGAUAUUAGGGACACAAGAUCCCAAAGGAAGACAAACGAUAUGUGUAAAAUCCAGCCGAUAAAAAAUGAAUUCACCGAACAUCAAACAGCUUUGGCUUUUGCCCAAUGUGCAUCUAUCGCGUUUCCUACACCCCAGUCAGACGUCGAAGUGGCAACAGAAUUUGCAAGACAAGCUCCAAUAAAAUUCGAUGACGCACCAAUAAAUAAUCGAUAUAGUACCAUCAGGUGGACCACCGCAACGUAA